GGGGCCUCGCUUCCGCCGGCGCAGCUGCCGGGAAUCCGCGGUGGGUCUACUAGCCAUGUGCGGAUGGACGUGCUCACCGCUCUGCCUGUGGCUGCUAUUGCUGCUUUUGUCCCCAGCGCUGGGCCGCCAGGAGUCAGGUUCCAAAUGGAAAGUAUUUAUUGACCAGAUUAACAGGUCUUUGGAGAAUUACGAACCAUGUUCAAGUCAAAACUGCAGCUGCUACCAUGGAGUCAUAGAAGAGGAUCUGACUCCUUUCCGUGGCGGCAUCUCCAAGAAUAUGAUGGUGGAGGUGGUCAGGCGGAAGUUGGGGACCCACUAUCAGAUCAUUAAGAACAGAUUAUACCGGGAAAACGAUUGCAUGUUUCCUUCAAGGUGUAGUGGUGUUGAACACUUUAUUUUGGAGCUUAUUGGGCGCCUCCCUGACAUGGAGAUGGUGAUCAAUGUACGAGAUUACCCUCAGGUUCCUAAAUGGAUGGAGCCCGCCAUUCCAGUCUUCUCCUUCAGUAAGACAUCAGAAUAUUAUGACAUCAUGUAUCCUGCUUGGACAUUUUGGGAAGGGGGACCUGCUGUUUGGCCAAUUUAUCCUACCGGUCUUGGACGAUGGGACCUCUUCAGAGAAGAUCUGGCAAGGUCAGCAGCCCAGUGGCCGUGGAAAAAGAAAAAUUCUACUGCAUAUUUCCGAGGAUCAAGGACAAGUCCAGAACGAGAUCCUCUCAUUCUUCUAUCUCGGGAAAAUCCAAAACUUGUUGAUGCAGAAUACACCAAAAACCAGGCCUGGAAAUCUAUGAAAGAUACCUUGGGAAAGCCAGCUGCUAAGGAUGUCCAUCUUGUGGAUCACUGCAAAUACAAGUAUCUGUUUAAUUUUCGGGGUGUAGCUGCCAGUUUCCGGUUCAAACACCUCUUCCUCUGUGGUUCACUUGUUUUCCACGUUGGUGAAGAAUGGCUAGAAUUCUUCUAUCCACAGCUGAAGCCGUGGGUUCACUACAUCCCAGUCAAAACGGACCUCUCUAACAUCCAGGAGCUGUUGCAGUUUGUAAAAGCAAAUGAUGAUGUAGCCCAGGAAAUUGCUGAAAGGGGAAACCAGUUUAUUAUCAACCACUUGCAGAUGGAUGACGUCACCUGUUACUGGGAGAACCUGUUGACUGAAUACUCUAAAUUGCUGUCUUACAAUGUAACAAGAAGGAAAGGCUAUGAUCAGAUUAUCCCCAAAGUUUUGAAAACUGAACUCUAGUAGGCAUCUUAGGUCUGUAGUCCUUGCUACGGCCGCUGGACCUCACAUAUGCUGUGGUGAGGCGCUUACCAUGAGCAUGGUACCUGUACCUUGAAUACCUUGUAACAAACCAUGUUGCACCCAGAGCAACUCUCCAAAAAGGUCCAAACAUGUAUAAUACAGAUAAGAAGCAGCUCAACUCUGGCUGAGUAAGAGCCAGAAGUCAGGAGAUGUGGGUUUGGAACCCAGUUCUACCUUUCAUUCUCUUAGGACCAGUCACAGCUUGUGCCUCAGAUCAUCCCCACGUGUUUGUCUAUCACUGUGAAACUGACUGUCCACCUGAAGAUGGCCUUUGUCCCAUGACUUGGAGCAGAAAAAUUCAUCCUUUGGGACUAGCAGAACUCAUUACCACAAUUCUGCAGUUAUUC